UCCCAGGCGACAAGUGAUUGCGCCACUCUGUGAUUUGUCAGGCAGCAAAGCUGGAUUAUGCCCACUAACAAGGCACUAAGUAGCAUCGCUCUCGCCUCGCCCGCCAUUAACAAUUCCCCGAACUGUUUAAUUCCCUCCCAACUUUGCUGCACGCCUGCGAGUAUAUAAAUCGCCCCACGCCUCUGCUUUCCAAAGCACCAAGACCAGAGAGGCCGGUUGUUUAAGGGCUUCUCCGGGUAGACGCCGGUCGAGAUGGAGGUGGAGGGUGCGAUCGAGAAGAAGGCGGCUGCCAUGGCGGCGGCGGUGGAGGAGGAGGUGGAGGUGGGGAGGAAGGCGGCGGGCGCCGGCGAGGUGGGCCUGAAGGAGCUGUCCAAGAAGCUCAACGACUUCGCCAAGGAGAGGGACUGGGAGCAGUACCAUAGCCCCAGAAACCUGCUGCUCGCCAUGGUUCGCAUCGUUUCGCUUCAUCUUCUAUCGCUGCUCUUCUUGAUCGCUGAAGUCGGGGAGCUGUCGGAGCUGUUCAUGUGGAAAGGGGAGGUGCGCAAGGGCCUGGCGGACUGGGACGACGCGGAGAAGCAGCACCUCGGCGAGGAGCUCGCCGACGUGCUGCUCUACCUCGUCCGCCUCUCGGACAUCUGCGGCGUCGACCUCGGCGACGCCGCCACCAGGAAGAUCGUCAAGAACGCCGUCAAGUACCCGGCGCCGUCGAAGGAUGGCGCCUGAAGAACAAUGCCGAUCGACCAUGCUUCUUUGGUGUCUCCUUCAAAAAGAAAAAAACAAUAAAUCAUGCUCCUUUGAUGCUUUCGGGGUAGCACCAGGGUCCUACAUGAACUGAUUCUUGUGAAAACUAGUGGUGCGUGUUGGAAGGUUAGUGCAAACAUGGCGAGUUGGGUAGCUCUUUUGUCGACCUUGUUAUGCCUAA